AUUCCAACAAAAACUUCUGUUGACGAGCCCAGUGCCUCCGUCGCCGGCACCGUUCUUCCAUCGUCGGCUAACCUCCCGUCGCCCUCAAUCGUCGGAAAACAAGUAAGUUUAUUUUUUCCGGCCAGUUUUCCAGUUUUCCGGCAAGUUUUCCAGUUUUCCGGCGAAAAACAGGGCGGGCCGAAAAAAAUUUGCGGCCGGAGCGUCGGCCGGCCGAAAAAAAUUUUCGGCCGGUGCGACGGCCGGCCGAAAAAUUCUUUCGGCCCGGCGACGCCGUGGCCGCAAAUUUUUUUCGGCCGGUCGCCGACCUCGCCGCCCAAAAAAUUUCCGGUGGCGUGUUCGUCGGCCGGCCGAAAAAAAUUUGCGGCCGCGGCGUCGCCGGGCCGAAAAAAAUUUUCGGCCGGUGCGACGGCCGGCCGAAAAAUUCUUUCGGCCCGGCGACGCCGAGGCCGCAAAUUUUUUUCGGCCGGCCGACGAACACGCCACCCAAAAAAUCUUUCGGCCCGGCGACGCCACGGCCGCAAAUUUUUUUCGGCCGGCCGACGCUCCGGCCGCAAAUUUUUUUCGGCCCGGCGGCGCACCGGCCGCAAAAUUCUUUCGGCCCGGCCAGUUUUUGUAUUUAAUUUAAUUUAAUACGAUAAUUAAUUAAUAAAUAAAUAAAUACUUAAUUGGUUAGUAGAAAUUAGCAAUUAGUGUUAAUAUUUAUUUCAGUUGGUUUAUAAAUGUUUUUUUUUGUAAUAGGCGUUUGAAUGUUUAAUUACUUAGAUUAGUUAAUGGAAUUUUAAUUAAUUAAGAAUUGAUUAAUUAGUGCGCAUCUAAGUAUGAUAUUUUGUAAAUUUGUAGAUAAUUAGAUAUGGAUGAUGCGGGUCAUGCGGGUGGGGAUGAGUUGAAUAGAUUCAAUGGUAGGGUUGUUGAUGUAUCAGCACGAAGGAAGAAUAAGGAGAAUAAGCGCUCUCGAGAUAUUGGACAUCAGUCACAGGCAAAUUUAGGGGAGGAUGAGUUAGAGGCUCCUACUGUAGUUGCUCGUUCGGCAUCACGGGCGUCUGGUUCCCAUGGGAGGAACCAGGGUGCUGCAUCCAGAGUGGUCUCGGCUGAGUUUGAUGAGGACGAUAGUGAUGAGGAUAUCGAGGUCCCUCCACCUACGCGUGGACAUGGACGAGUGUCGUCUCGUACGGCAACAUCACGUCCUGCUUUGUAUAGGGACCGAGCUGGGCGCUUCGUACCACCUGCUCGUCAGGAGACAGAGAGCUCGGGGACUGGACGGAGUAGGGGAGGACGUUCGAGUGGUCCUCCACCGUGGGAGCUUGUUGGUGAGUGUCCUGGUGGACCUACGGAUCCUAGCCUCAUUAGGAGCUUUCGUGGACACGUUGCCUAUGCGCUUUGGACGGGGGCUGGAGAUCGAGGGGUCAUCAGUUGCUACAGCCGUACAUCGGCGGUUGCUUAUUUGAGUAGCUACGUGUUUAGUCAUGUUGAGGCGGAGAAUCUGGUUCAGCAGUCAGGUCUCCAGCACCUGAUGUACUCUAUGUUCCGCAGGAUAGCGAUUGACGAUGCUUUGAUCUCAGCUUUUGUGGAGAGGUGGCAGCCAGACACGAACACCUUCCACUUGCCUUUUGGAGAGAUGACGAUCCUCCUACACGAUGUUCAGUACUUACUGCAGAUUCCUGUUGAGGGACGACUGAUGAGUAGGAGUUCUGCGCAGCUUGACCAUCCGGAGGCGGGUUUGUGUACGCUUCUUGGGAUGAACUGGGAGCAGUUGAGUGGUCGUACGGAGGUCCCUGGAUAUAAUAAUAGGGGUAAGUGGUACGAGAAGGGUGGUUUUCUUGCAGAGAUGAACUGGGAGCAGUUGAGCAGUAAGACGCCUAAAGUGUUCUCGUUGAAGCUCAAUUUCAUCACUGACUUGUUGUUGACGUGGGGGGUUUUUAUAAUCCAAAGUCCGCCAAAAUACAUGCAACUCUUGAGCAUAGAAUUGACGUCCUUCUUCCUUAGCUUGAACAAUCUGGCAAGCACACUUGAGCCCAUGUGUCAUCUGAAAAUGACACGCACAACUGUCCUUCAACUCCGCCGCCCCAUCUAACAUCAGUUUGAUUGCCUCAGAACUAACGACCCUCCUCAAAAACGUGCACGGAGCCUCAAUUGCCCUACUCAGAUUGCGGUUCAGUGACUUGUGCAGUUCAUUCACCACUUCCAGAAACUGAUGUUCCAUGUAGUUGUGGUUCUUCGCAAAACAAGUGUCGAUCGCUCCUCUACCAGACACAAGGAAAGUCUUGAAUGAAGAGUGAGAUGACUC